AUGGAUUGUAUCUUUGAAACAGUACAGUUUCCGAAGGAACAAGAGCCUUUGGAAGUAGACUUUUAUCGAAAAUAUCAAAAACAGUUGCAAUUAUUUAUCAGUCUACCAACAGAAAACUACUCAUCUCUUAUAUCGAUUAUAUUUUCCAAUGAUAUUUGUAAUGACAUGAUAAUGCAAGUUCAUGUUGAGUGUGAAAAAAUCAAACAUCGUCUUCAAGAAGAGUACUGUAAAAUGAAGUAUACCAUGUCUGAGUUAAUCAUAUCUGGAAGUGGUGGUGAACAAUGGAUGCCGUACGGUGAUUCAGAUAUUGAUCAAAUGUAUGUUGAAUAUGAACUGGUGGCCGAAAAUGAUCCAACAAGUUCAUUGUAUUUCGUUUACGCUCCAUAUCCAGGCUACGUUCUGUUGCGUCGAGGACAGCAUACCGUAAGUCAUGCAGACUUACUUAAGCUUCGAGGGUAUAGUGAAAAAUUGAAAGAACACCUAUUGUAUGAACAUGGCCCUGCAUACUGUGUAAGGACACCUAUUUGGCCAAAUGACGAUCAAAUUGCAGCGAAACAGAUGGAAACAGAUGUGGUACCCUGUUAUAAACUACUUCAGUGGCCGACUGUAGCAGCAGAGUAUUUUCAUCGUGAAUCACGACAGUACCAAUGGCCACCUCAUGACUUCAUUCAGCGAUGUUUCAAUAAUGAAAUUUCCUGUUUAUUGACACCUGUGGGUUACAAAUUCAGUCAUCAGCGUGACGAUGAGUGGCGUAUAUCGUUUUCACUGGUAGAGAUGGAAUUAGUAAAAACAUUAAGUAAAAAUCAGCGCUUGUGUUAUAUUUUAUUCAAAUCGAUCUGUAAAGAUUAUGUCAUCAAGGAAACAAAAAAUGAACUUGAACAAACGAGCAACGCUUCGGUAAGCGGAUCCUAA